AAAGCCAGAGAAAAGGCUCCGCAACAAUGAGCCUCUAUUCAGAUCGGAGCACAGCUCCGCCUACGGCCGUGAGUUCGGCGCGUGAAACCGAAAGACUCACAGGAAUGGUCGAGUCCAAGUCUAAGAAGUCCGUUCAGGUGGCACAUUCCAUGUCCGGGCCAUUAAAAACGAAGAAGGAAGAUCAUGAGCAUUACUACAAUCAAGAAAUAGCUUCCGAUCUGCAGUUUCGUUCACAAAUCAAGGUGGUGGAGGAAAUCGAUGGCGAGGAGGUGGACAUGACACCAAAGCCCAUACAGACCAACGUACAUGCCGAGCAAUUUAUGCGCUUCAAUCUGAACUUUCUCCAACAAAUGUCGAAUAUGGUGACAGUGCACUCCAGAAGGUCCUCGCGGAGACGCUCCAGCAUGCGCAACAAGCAGUCCAUCGAUGAUCUAAUGAAUGGGAUCAACUUGGAGACCAUCACAUUUGACCAGAGCGACAGUGACAAAGGCGACGAGGAGUAUGUGCCACAGCCCUUCAAGAAGUCCUUUGUGAAGAUAACUCUCCGCAAGUCGGACUUCUUUGAGCUGCACUCGCAGUGCAGCAGCACCGCGGCCAAGGGCACAGCCGAUGGCGAUGAGGCGGAGCGGGACAAUCGUUUGUACGACUAUUUGACAGCGGGCAAGGGCAAGGUACGUCGCCGUUCCGAGAACCAAGCACAGACGGACACUAUGUUGACCACCACGCGGGCGGUGAACACCAUUCUGGUGACCCAGGCGACGGUUGGCUCCUACGUGUCCAACUUUGAGAUGUACGACACGGUGCACAAUAUGCACCGCAAGUUCUCCACAAUGCGGAGCCUGCAGAGCGUGGCGAAGGACCAGGAAGCGCAGACCACAGACAUGCUCGACGAUGACGAGCACAAGGAACAGCACGGCAAGGUGAUGUCCGAAAUGGAGAAGCUGCUGAGCAGCGCGGAGUUCAGGAAUGCCGUCAUGUACAUGGGUCGCUCCCUCUCCAGCAACAUGAACGAGGGCGGCAUGAAGCGCUUUCGCAACUUUCAGAAGAUCGAUCGCUGCGCCCCGGAUGCCAAAUACAUUUACUCCAUGAAGCUGCUGUUCCGCCUGAUGCCGGUGCCCAGUCGGAACGAGCGGAAGGCCGUCAGCGACAUAAGCUUCUGCCGCAGCAACGGCGACAUUGUGGCCGUGGCCUAUGGCCUCUAUUCGUUCUCCUCGCAGCAGGUGCCCGAGUCUGGCAGUGUCUUCGUUUGGAGCAUCAAGAAUCCAGGGGAGCCGGAGCGCGCGUUUUACUACCAGACACCCGUGACUGCCAUUUGCUUCUCUCCGUAUCUGCCCUCGCUGCUGGCCAUUGGACUCUAUGAUGGCACUGUGCAGGUGCGGGAUGUGAGCAGCCUGACGGACACACCCAUUGCCAUAUCGCAGCGCAGCACCUCGCCGGGCUGUGCGCCCGUGGUGGCCAUACGCUGGAUCAAGCAGGUGGAGGAGUCCACCAGUGUGGACUUUGACAUCGAUCCCUUUCUGAGUCUGUCGCAGGACGGCUCCGUCACUCGUUUUCGCAUCAUCAAGAGCCCCUUUCUGCUGGGCUUCAAUCAGAUGACUCUCGAGCGCGUCGAGGGCCAUCCCGAGGGCAUUAUGGUGCCCAUAUCGCCGCUGUUGACCUGCGAAUCGAAUCGACAUCCGCAGGGACUCAACCUCACGAUCCAUCCGGUGCACAAGGACAUCUACUACGUGCUCACCGACGAGGGGUGCAUCCACAAGUGCUCCAUCAACUAUCAGCAUCAGUAUCUGGAGGUCCUCAAGUGCCACGAUGGCGGCGUUAAUGUCAUGGAGUUCUGUCCCUGGUCGCCCAAGCUCUUCCUCACCUGUGGCAAUGAUUGGUACGUUCGCGUGUGGAUUGAUGGCAUCACGCGUCCCCUGAUGGAAUUGACGGAUGAGAUGACGCCCGUGCACUGGGCCAGCUGGAGUCCCACACACUCCACGAUCAUUGUGUCGGUGAACCGCGAUACAGCGGAUGUCUGGGACAUAAGACGCAGCAUACUAAAGCCCAUGUCCAGACAUGAUAUGGAUUCAUCCUUCAAUACAGUGGCCCAAUUCUCCAACUGUGGACGCACUCUCGUGGUAGGCAACGAGCGUGGCAAUACUCUCUUCCAGGCACUCAACGACAUGCCCUUUGAGCCACACUUUCAGUACGAUGAGCUUGAGAAAUCCAUUUUCAAGGCCAUUGGCAACGAUCACGAGUUGCUGAUGGAACUCAAGAGCUUCGGCUUCUUUGGUUAUCCAAACAAGAGCUGUGUCAGGUAGUUCCCAAUGUAAAAUAACCCUCAAAGUUUAAUAAAGAGCAGCACAGAACAUUGUUAAAGCUUCACAAUUGAA